AGGUGGGGUAGGAUGAACUGAACCCGGUUAAGACUCACUGCUGGAGGUUUGCUGCCCUCCGCAGGCUGCUUCCCGAUGCAUGUGCUCCUUUUUUCGGAGAUAAAGAAGGCACAUCUCUGUGUCGGGAAGAAAACAACAGUGUACUGUAGGAAAGAACGGGACAAAGUUGUGUUAUUACACCACAUAAAUCAUUUGUUUCAGCCACUGCGUAGUGUUUCUCACAUACAGAGAGCUGAUAGUCUUCAGGAUGGACUUACAAUCUGCCGAAAUGCCAAAUAGCACUUGGCUCAGCACACGGGGCGACACUGAAUCUUUCCGGAGGAAACGAGGAUUUAUGGCUGCAUUUACAUUUUUCAGAACAUUUAUAAUAUCACCUACAACCGCAAUCGAUUAUUUUAUCGCACAAGGAUUGCGCGGUAUUAUUUGGUGUAAUGGUUAACGGAUAUAAUGGCAGAUAGACCGGCAUGGCACCUCAAACAAACCCGCUCAGAAGAGCACAGGCAGAGUGACAAGGACGGGGAGAGGGAGAAAGAAAGGGGAGGGGAGCUGACAUUAAAGCAACACAACAAGGAAACUACACUGCAGAGCCACAGACGCCUUCAUUUUAUGUUUUUGAAUAAUAGCCGGAGCUGGUGUGGCGAAGUGCAGGCCUAUCUGUGAAAUCUGCCCGGAGCUCAACCCCACACUGUGCCCUGUAAAGGAGCAGCUUUUUACCGAGUUGGAUUUAAGGGCGCUCUCCGACGCUUUCAGAGAUAUGGGCUCAGAGCCACCCAGCUCUCCACAGGUGGUGGAGGAUGGAGGAGAGGAAGAUGAAGAGGAGCUGAGUGGAGGAGAGGAGGCAGACCUGCGGUCCAGCUCUGGCAGGGGAUCCCUGCUUACCCGGCGGGGCAUCACGCUCAGAGUGCUCCUCAAAGACGGCUUGGUGGAGCCAGGAGACGGUGUGCUCGCGAUCCACUACCUGGGCAAGAACUUUAUAGGAGAUCUGCUGAAUGAUGGGAAAAUCAGAUGGGUGGAGACGGGCCAGAUCUUCAACUCUCCCAGUGCCUGGGCAACACACUGCAAGCGUCUGGUCAACCCAGCCAAGAAGUCUGGCUGCGGCUGGGCAUCUGUACGCUACCGGGGACAGAAGCUGGUCCAGUAUAAAACCACCUGGCUGCAAAAGUACCAACCCAGUGCAGACAUGAGCCUGGUGAGUGAGGAGGAUGAUGAUGAGGAUGAAGAGGAAGGAAAAACAGCUGUUCAGACAGAUGAGAAACUCAAGAACAACAAACCUGGGUUACAUGAUGUAAUAGUUUCACGGAGAGCAGACAGAGAGAGAAUUCCUGUCAGAUAUUGCACCUUGGGCACCAGAGAUGCUAACAGAGAUCCACACACACUGGUAGAGCUGUCAGCCUUCUCAGCCAUCAACAGAUUCCAGCCUUUCAAUGUAGCUGUGUCCAGUAACGUACUGCUGCUAAUGGACUUCCACUGUCACCUGACCUCCAGUGAGGUGGUGGGAUACCUCGGAGGACGAUGGGAUACCAAUACCCAACUGCUGACAGUCUUAAGGGCUUUCCCGUGUCGGACCAGGCUGGCAGACAAAGACUCUGCUUCUGCUGUGGAGGAGGAGAUCUGUCAGAACCUGUUCAUGCGCGGCCUGUCGUUGGUGGGUUGGUACCACAGUCACCCGCGAGGUCCUGCUCUGCCAUCGCUGCAAGACAUCGACUCCCAGAUGGACCAUCAGCUGAGGCUGCAGGGUUCAAACAACGGCUUCCAGCCCUGUCUGGGUAUCAUCUGUGGUCCGUAUUAUCAUGGCAACCAAGGCGUGGCAUCCACAAUAACUCCAUUUUGGGUCGUUCCACCGCCUGAGGUGAGGACAUGGACAAAACAACGGCCUAAUGACUACGGUAUCCCAGUGGCUGUAGAGGUCACCUAUGUGCAGGACAACUUUCUCACCAGUGAUGUUCUUAAUGAGAUGAUGCUGCUGGUUGAUUAUUACAGGGCGGCUCCGGACCUCGUACAGUUCAACCAAUAUUGGUGUCCUGACACGACGAUGAUGGACAAGAUCAAGGGCUCUCUGAGUUGCCACGCUCCCAAAGACCAGGCCUACUCUCAGAUCUUAGAGCACGUCUACAGUCAGUUGAGCAGCAUGCACUGAGUGGAUCUGCUGUGCAGGUGGUCACUCUCCAUCUUGAGUCUUUCCAUUCUAGACAGAGCUGACAGGACCGGAGUGACGGGGGUACAAUUUAAAAUCCUGCUUGAAAAACAUCCAUGAGAAAAACAUAGAUGCCUUGAAUUAUAUCUCAUGUUUGAGUGGUGCUUCAUUUUGAAACAGAAUUACGGUGAGCUUAAAGAACACUUAAGUGACUCUGAAAUCUAUGAUACUAGUAGCUUGUAUUUAACAGUGAUGAAAACCUCAAAAUGUACAACUGAUACACAAAAGCAGCUAGAUCGGAGAACACGAGACUAAUGAGUGUUACAAAUCAGUUUUUCACACAUGGACACUAAAUGGAAGCAUUUCAUGGGCCAGAAAUCAGCCUCUUACCUUUUUACACAUGGACCUAUGUGCCUAUCUGUGCCAGUAUCUCGUGGUUAUGAGCAGAUAUUGCCAGAUAUGUGCAAUGUAGAUGUUUAACGUGUCGUAAUUGCCUUGAUAGACUAAACCAAUGGAGCAGUAGUCGGGAAGAAAGUGAAAAAUGAAUAGUGCAUUAGCAAAGUAUGCAGACAUGUCUUGGUUUUACCUUAUCUAUACUCUGCAAUAGGUUUUGUAUAUGUUUGUGUUCCUCAAGACAAAUUGGAUGGUCGCAGUGUGGUGCAAGUAAUUCCACUGUGCCAAGCAAUUUUUGUUUUUAUGAACCUGAGUGUGUAUGUGUGGUGUGAAUGUGUAAGACAUAAGUCCUAUUAGUUAGGACAAAUAUUUGCUUCCUCUUGACCUGUACUGUAUUUAUUACUGACUGUGGAUUGUGUGAUGUACAUGUAUGAUGACAGAGCAAUGCCUUAAGCCUGCUGAUGAUCCAUAAAGCAUUAAAAUAAACACACUGGAACCACUGACGACUUUGA